UCACUCCCUCCCUCCUUCCCUUUGCCGUCAUUGUUUGUGGCUCAGUGCUGCUCUGCUCCGGCAGCUGAGAGCGACGGGUCUGAGGAAAAUGGCGGACGGUGUCGAUCAUAUCGAUAUCUACGCCGACGUAGAGGAGGAAUUCAGCCAGGAGGCCGACUACCCAGUUCAUGAUCAGAUCGAUCUGUACGACGAUGUAAUGUCACCAUCAGCUAAUAAUGGCGACGCUCCAGAAGAUCGAGACUACUUGGACACGCUACCUGCGCCUGGUGGCACGGAGGGUGGAAAGAGUGCCCCACCAAAUGUGGUGUACACCUACACGGGAAAAAGGAUUGCAUUGUACAUAGGAAAUCUCACAUGGUGGACAACAGAUGAAGACCUGACAGAAGCUAUUCGGUCUAUAGGCAUCACAGACGUGCUGGAGAUCAAGUUCUUUGAAAACAGAGCCAAUGGCCAGUCCAAAGGGUUUGCUCUGGUUUGUGUGGGCUCAGAGGCAUCAUCCAGGAAGUUAAUGGAGCUCUUGUCAAAGAGGGAACUGCAUGGUCAGAAUCCCAUUGUCACGCCAUGCAACAAGCAGUCCCUUAGCCAGUUUGAGAUGCAGUCCCGCAAAAGUGCUCAGUCAGGCCAGAUGUCUGGGGAAGGUAAAGCCGGUCCUCCUGGAGCAGGACCACGUGGAGGUUUCCCCAUGGGAGGUCGAGGCAAAGGCAGGUUCCCUGGGCCACCUGGCCCUGGAGGAGACAGGUUUCCUGGACCUGUCGGUCCUGGGGGGCCACCGCCACAUUUCCCCGGCUCGGGGAUGAGACCUGAUGUGAUUAGGCACCAAGAUGGCCCUCUGAUGGAUAUGAGUUUCAGUCCCUUCCCGCCGGGGGGCAGGAACGGGAGCUGGCAUGGAAGAGGUGGAAUGCAGGGUCCCCCACGUCCCCCUCCUGGUCCACCUGGUCCUCCCGGGCCCCCAGGUCCGCUACCUCCUGGCCAAGGCCUUCCCCCACCUCUUGCUGGCCCUCCAAAUCGUGGUGACAGACCUCCUCCCCCUGUUCUCUUCCCUGGUCAAUUUGGCCAGCCACCAAUGGGUCCAUUGCCCCCCGGCCCCCCUCCUCCUGGUUAUGGCCCUCCACCCGGUCCCCCACCUCCUCAACAGGGCCCGCCACCUCCGGGACCUUUCCCUCCUCGUCCCCCAGGUCCCAUAGGACCCCCUAUGGCUUUGGCUCCACCUCCACACAUGCCUGGUCCUCCACCAGGUGGACCACCACCAGCCCCCCAUGUCAACCCUGCCUUCUUCCCUCCACCUGGCAACAAUAACAUGCCCCCCAACGACAGCAGAGGGCCCCCUGGUCCCAACGACCCAUAUGGACGCCCACCACCAUAUGAAAGAGGAGACUAUGGUCCUGGAGGCCGGGAGAUGGAGGCCUCUCGGACCCCUCUGAGUGAGGCAGAGUUUGAGGAGAUCAUGAACAGGAAUAGGGCCAUCUCCUCCAGUGCCAUAUCCAGGGCUGUGUCUGAUGCCAGUGCAGCGGAUUAUGGCAGCGCUAUAGAGACUCUGGUGACAGCCAUCAGUCUGAUUAAACAGUCCAAAGUAUCUGCAGACGACCGUUGUAAGGUCCUUAUCAGUUCCUUGCAAGACUGUCUCCAUGGCAUUGAGUCUAAAAGCUACGGCUCUGCUUCCAGGCGAGAGCGCUCCAGGGAGCGUGACCACAGCCGCUCCAGGGAAAAAAGCAGACGCCACAAGUCCCGCAGUCGGGACAGGCAUGAAGACUAUUACCGCGAGCGCAGCAGGGAGCGGGACCGCCACCGCGAGAGGGACCGUGACAGAGACCGGGAACGCGAGAGAGAGAGGGAGUAUAGACACCGCUAGGUGUACGAGAGCUAACGGGAUCAAGGAUGGAUGGAAGCAAAAGGAGGAACGCUUUCAGUGCACCACCACCACCACCACCUCCCCACACCGCAUGACCGGGCAGGAUUCGCAAGCACCUCCUCCUCCACCCCUCCAUCUCUCUCCUCCUCCACCCAUACUUCUGUCUGUUCAUCUUGUCUGCCUGAUUGACAGCAGUAGAUGGAAGGCCCUGACCUGUGUAAGGCUAUGUUAUUCAAGCAUCUAUACUCAUGGUAACUAAAGAUGAAAGAAAAGAAACUUUCCAAACAGCUCUUUUAUUUUUAUGAUGUUUUAUUUGAUAUGAGUAUGAGUAUGUGUGAUGUUUGUUUUGCAAAGAAACAAUAAAAUGGCCCGCACAACCCUCAGAAGACACAAACAUUACAACCUAUUUGUUAGCUUUUUUUAAAUACCUGGCUUGCUAUACUGUGUACACUCAGUUUAGAGAUCAGUUUUUAUAGGGUACAUGUUUGAUGUUUUCUCUUCUCCCCCUCCCCUUCUUCCCGUUCUCUAUUUUCAUUGUUAGUAUGUUUGUAAAUGUCUCUGCUUUUGAUUAAAAACUAGAUGUUGUAAUAAAAAAAUGUUUACUGAGGUACGUUCUGCAUUUGGUGAAUUCUCUACAUGUUAAUCUUUAAUAUUGAAUGUAUAUUUUAUAUUUUUCUUACAUUGACUUUGCAUUUGAAAGACUUUGUUCUGCUUUUGGUAAGAAAAUGAUGGAUGAAUAUACAGUGUGCCUUGAUAGGGAGGGUGGGUGUGUACAGCUUUAAAGGUUAAACAGAUAAAAAGACAUAUGGGAUACACUUUUGUUUAAGCAUUGAAUAUAUAAACUUAAUAGUUUUCAGCAAACUGAAUCUUUGAAUGUUAACUUGUAAUUGAGUUUUAUACUUCUCGACCUAGUUGGGUAAUGUAUGGUUUUGAAAAUUAACCACAGGCCAGUUAAGGUAAAGAAUUAGACAUUCCACAUUGUGUCACUGGUGUUUCUAAAACGUUAAAUGACCAUUAAUGAAUUAUCAGUUCAAUAACACUAAGUCUUUUUUUUCCCUUUUGUUUAAGUUUGUCUUUGUCCUGUUGAAUCGUAUUGUUUUACUUGUUAAUUGAUCUUGUGUCAUGCUGGGUCAAAUCUGCAUGACCAUCCUCUAAUUACAGUUCAAACUAAUGUUUUCCUAAUAUGUGGUGAAAAUAUUGAACCAUGAACCCGAGAAGUUAUGGAAUAACAACUAAAUGUUAACUGAUUCAACAGAAAUCUGUGUUAAAAAUUGGGGGACACUGCUGUUUUUCUGAAGUUUCCUAAAACAUAGUUUGUUGUUGGCUUGUCGUGAUGUCUCUCUACAGUUUGAAGGUAAGUGUUUGCAGGUCGGCAUCACUGCAUUAGAAGAAACCAUCCAGUCCAGAAGAAACCUGUCUGCAUCAAGUCAGACCAGCACUACCUCAUGAAACAUGUUCAAGUGUCUUGUGUUUUCAAAAUAAUAAUAGAACUAACUGUGAGCUCAGAUAGAGCGUGUCGAAGGUCAAAGCCAGCCUUUGGUCAUUAAAAGGCGCAAGGCCAUAUGAUUUAAAUAGUCAUUGGUCUUUAAUGUUUUUAAAUUUAAUCUGACUUUGUACAUUUUUUUUACAUGUAAUUUUCUUUGACAGCAGGUAAGAAACUUUCAAAUGCGGCCAAGCAUGGAGAAUACACCAAUAUAACGUGCCCUAGGAUGUACAUCUAGAGUUGUAGUGGAUAUUCCACCUGGGAACAAUACGGUUUAUCAGAUUUUGGGCGCAUACAUUUCAGCAUCUCAAAUUUUAAUCCUAGGAGUUAUUGAGUGUUCAUGAAGUUGAAAAGUAUUUUGCUAAUGUUAGGCUUUUCUUUCUGGUUGAAAAUGUAUUAAGCCUGCAACAAAAAUAUUUAAUGUUAAGUUUUAAAUAGUGUUAUAUUUCGUAGCUUAUUUAUCAAGCCACAUUUCAUUCAAAUAAAAAAAUAUUUUAGUAUAAUUUGCUUUGGUUAAUUCCAGUUUUGUACAUAAUUUCUCUCCCACGUUUUAGAGGCUUCUACAAACGGAUUGUGUAAAUAAAGAAACCAAUGUAAACCAAUUAA